CCACCAUGGACAUUACUAACCAUGAAUAUACCGUGCAUUGCACAAUGCAUACAUAUUGUUCAGCACUGAGAAACAGCAGAGUCUAUCUGCUUUCCAUACAUUUCACUGGAUAACAGAUGUAUAAACCUUGUGCGAAUAUAAGCUUCAAUGUAAAUUAUGGCUAAUAUAUGUUUCGUCAUCUAAAGAUCCUAGAGUGGAAAUUCUUGUCAUUUUUAGGGUUUCUCUAGCAGGAGAGCCUGUCUUGACCCUAUAAGGACAUGUAUAGCGUUGUUCACUUUUUACACCCUACAAAAGGUUCCAAUGGGAUCACAUUAAGUGAGUGCAUGAAGCGUGGUCAUACACCAUGUCAUCAUGCGUGUCCAAGAGGGCUUCUUCUGAGAGGUCCAUCCUGCAAGAUGACCGUGAAACAUCAAGUCAGCCUCAUAUUGUCUGUAGUUUCUCAGCACUGAGUUUAGACUUAGGGAUGGAAUCUGUUAUUGUGGUCACAGAAUAUGAUUCCAGCAUCUCUGAAAACGAUCAUGACCAGAAUGGACAAACUGGGCUGCAAGCAGAAGAACCUAAGGAAAACUCCAAGGAAAUGCCUGAUUUUCAUAGACUUACUGAAAGCGGAUGUAUAAUGGAUAGCACAGAAGGGAUUGUAAAUGAUAAUAAAGAUCAGAGAGCCAAACUUAAUAUGAGCAAUAGAAAACUUUCACUUCAAGAACGUUCUCCAUCUGCUCAGUCUCCAAAUGAAAAUGAAGGUGUGAAUGGACAAUAUAUUUACCCAUCUCUUCCAUAUUCUCCAGUGACUUCACCGCAGUCUUCUCCUCGUCUGCCACGAAGGCCAACAAUUGAGUCAAAUAGAGUUUCUAUUACGGGUUUUCAGGACUGUGUCCAGCUCAACCAAUACAGACUUAAAGAUGAAAUUGGAAAGGGCUCAUAUGGAGUGGUGAAACUGGCAUAUAAUGAAGAUGACAACACGUACUAUGCAAUGAAGGUUCUUUCAAAGAAGAAGUUGAUGAGACAGGCUGGAUUUCCACGUCGCCCACCUCCAAGGGGAACAAAGGCAAUUACUGAUAGUGGUUCACAAGUCAAGGGACCCAUUGAGCGGGUCUACCAGGAAAUCGCAAUUUUGAAGAAACUUGAUCAUCCUAAUGUUGUUAAGUUGGUUGAGGUGCUGGAUGACCCAGGCGAGGACCAUCUGUACAUGGUGUUUGAAUUGGUUAAGCGGGGGGCAGUUAUGGAUAUACCCACUACCAAGCCUCUAACAGAAGACCAGGCGAGGUUUUACUUCCAGGACCUUAUUAAAGGAAUUGAGUAUUUACAUUAUCAGAAAAUCAUACAUCGUGAUGUUAAACCCUCCAACCUUUUAGUGGGUGAAGAUGGUCACAUUAAGAUUGCUGACUUUGGAGUCAGUAACCAGUUUGAGGGAACAGAUGCUUUUUUGUCUAACACAGUGGGUACACCAGCAUUCAUGGCUCCCGAGACCCUGUCUGAAACACGCAAAAUAUUUUCAGGAAAGGCACUGGAUGUUUGGGCUAUGGGAGUCACCUUAAACUGCUUUGUGUUCGGACAGUGUCCAUUUAUGGAUGAGAGAAUCAUAUCACUACAUGCAAAAAUAAAGAAUCAGCCUCUGGAGUUUCCAGACCAGCCAGAGAUAUCAGAAGACCUGAAGGAUCUUAUUAUGAAAAUGUUGGAUAAAAACCCUGAGUCUAGAAUUUCAGUUCCUGAUAUAAAGCUACAUCCGUGGGUGACUAAACAUGGUGCUGAGCCUCUUCCUAGUGAAGAUGAAAACUGCACACUGAUAGAAGUGACUGAAGAAGAGGUGGAAAAUUCUGUAAAGCACAUACCCAGCUUGGCGACGGUGAUAUUGGUAAAAACUAUGCUGCGGAAACGAUCUUUUGGAAAUCCAUUUGAUGGAAGCCGAAAAGAAGAAAGAUCUCUGUCUUCUCCGGGAAAUUUACAGGCGAUUCAAAGCAGUGAUGAAAGCCUGAAAGAAAGUGACCUGCAAGAAUUAGGAGAGGAUGAGGUUCUAUCUUGAGGGUGUCUGCCGUGAUGAUGUCACAUUGCUUGGGCUUCAUUAUUUGUGACCUGGGCACACACAAUAUGUAAACUCAACCAUGCAUGCUAAUUAUGCACCUUAUGUUGCUGCAUGCGCUAAAGACCUUAAUGUCCUGCCUUGGUUGUUAAUCAGUUACUUACUAUGGGCUCAUUCUUCCAGAGGACUUGUGAAGUCUGAUCCAGAGAAGGUGCUUGUAUUGUAUAUUACAAAAAUGACUUAAGUGGCUUGUAGCAUAUGUCUUAAUGAUGCCACAUAUUACACACAACGCACACAUGUAAGGCUUGCAGGACACAACACUUCACAGUCCAUGGUCUUACAGUAGUCAUGUAUUGUAUGGACACCCUGGUACAGGGAGCAUGAAGAAAGUCGAAUAGGUAAUCUUGCUAAAGUUGGUUCUCAAGGCCUUUAUGCCAAUGGAGGUGUACAGAGUAUAGCAGACAGAUGAAUACUCGCCAAAGUGGUUUUUUUUGUUCGUACCAUAAACUUUGCUCUGGCUUGCUAUACAGAGCUUGACAACACUUUCAAUUAUUAGCAGUUUCUUAUAUAUUGAAAUUUUUGUGCCAUAAACAUAGCUAACAACAAUGUGACAGAAAAGUCAGUAGGUGGAGUGUUAGGUCGGAAUAACCAUAGGAACAACUUCUAUUUAUGUAGUAUCUUGGGAUUCUGCAAGACUUCCAAAUAUAUCACCUGUGUAUUUGGGAAUAAACUGUAGUGGACUAAAUGCAUAAAUCAUUUGCUUUAUGCAUAUUAAAAUAACAGCAAUUCCCAGCUCUUGCAAAUAUUUCUUAUUUUUGACUGUGUGGUAAAAAGACAGCUAUGAACAGCAUUAAAAACAUUAACGGGGUUAUCCAGGAAUAGAAAAACACAGCCAAUUUCUUUUAAAAACAGCUCCCCUCUAUCUCCAGGUUGGGUGUGGUUUUACAACUUGGCGCCAUUCAUUUCAAUGGAACUAAGCCGCAGAAUUAUACCCAACCUGGAGACAGAUUGGGAGCUGUUUUUGAAAGAAAUUAGCAGUGUUUUUCUAUUCCUGGAUAACCCCUUUAAGUUUAUAAGUAACCUGAAAGGACAACCCUUGUUGGGUCCUAUCAGGUUAGUUCCACAAGACAAAAAUGGUAAUAUAAAAAUAAAAUGUCAGUGUCUUCAAAGUGUAUUUAAAAUACUACCACACCCAACAUGCAAAGUAAAAAAUAAUCACAAAAGGCCAGGAAAAAAGUAAUAUCAAAAUGUCUAUAUGAGAAAGGCCAGCUAUUAAAAUUUAUAAAUUACAAUGAGAUUUAUUUUUUUUGUACAUUAUACAACACUAUAAAAGACAAAAUAUAACCCCAUACAUCACAGUAAAAAUAUGUAUAAAUUGCUUGGAUAAUAAAAAAUAUAUAUAUAUAAAUUACAUAUUAUAUUUAUUCUAAAAAAAAAAGUGUGCCCCCUAAAUCACAUGAACUAUACUAAAACUUCCUGGCCAUUAACAGGAAAAUUCCUGUAGACUCUUCCCGUUCUUGGUUCCACUCGGGGACCAAAUUUGGAACCAGUCUAAAUUGCAACAUUGAUUGAAUAAAUAAUAACAAUUCUGAGGAACGUGUUCGCAUGCUCAGUCAUUAAGGUGAUGUUCAUUGGAUAUCUAGUUGUACAUAUAUCCAGCUUUCUUUGGAUUAAUACAUUGAUAUUUGUAUUUUUAUGUCCAGAUAUAAUAGGGUUCCUUUUUUCACAAACUUACAAUAAGAAUUUUCUCCCUACUCUUCUGACAGGAUUUUUUUUUUAUAAUACACUGCACCUAUAGGGCUAGUGCAAAAAAUGCCAUCCUUUUUCCCUUUACAUAUGCUAGUAUCCUACACCAAGUCAUAAGUAGACUUAAUGAUAGAUUGUUUCAUAAGAGAUGUUUUCUGGUGGGUGCACUGCAUCAGAAGUGGCUUUACACGCUGCUGAUGUUUUGUAUACAGCAGCAAUGGAUACAGUUAAUGCCAUGUCCUAUCAAGCCAUUUUUAGAUUUUGUGCUUUUCUAGAUAAACACAACAGAUGUACUUUUGUACCAGAGGAUUUCUCUUUUCAUCUUGGGUAUAUAUUGAUAUUUACAGAGAAAACUUGAUGUAUUGUGAAGUUUAUUUGGCCAAAAAGCCAAAGAUUUUAAUUGCAACUUUCAGGAAUAUUUUCCUGGUGUCUAUUUUACAAAAAAGGAAACAUUAAUAAGGGAUAAGGUAUUUUUAAUUUCAAUAUAAAUUAGCUGUUGUAUUUAGAGAUGAGCAAAGUUACAGUGGUUCAAUUCAACAUGAACUUCUCGGCUCGGCAGUUGCUGACUUUAACUUGCAUAAAUGAGUUCAGCUUUCAGGUGCUCCGGUGGGCUGGAGACUCUUUCCUAGGACUGUAUCCACCUUUUCCAGCCCACCGGAACACCUGAAAGCUGAACUAAUUUAUACAGGCUAAAGUCAGUAACUGCUGAGCCGAGAAGUUUGUGACGAAUUGAAUCACUGUAACUUCGCUCAUCUCCUGUUGUAUUGUUGUUUAGUUAUCAGACUAGCAGAAAAUAGAUAUGUAAGUUUGAAUUAUUUGUUAUUGCAUGGUGAAAUAUCUGCAGAUAUGCACUGUAUGUAGGGUUCAAAGCCCACAAAUAGCUGCUAAAUAUCUCUUUACUUACAUGUUUUCUAUAUGCUUUUGUAAAGGUUGCACCAAUGUUUUGGAAAAAUAAACUAUUACAAUUUUGCAACAUAUGUUACAAGCUUCAGUGAUGUGAGAUUUUUGCUAUUUGGUUAAAGUUGUAUAUUUGAUAAAACAUUUGACUGUAGCUUUUUUUUUUCUUGGAUUUCUUUUGCAUUAUGCUUAUUCCCUACUAUGCAUUUUAUUUUAAGAGGUUGUAUGUUUAAAUACUGUGUAUUUACCACCAUUAAAAUAAGUGGUCUCUCUCUUC